AUGGAGGGUCGACAAAUCCAGAUUCUGACCGUAGUGACCGUGGGUCUGUUUUUUUCUUGGUUGAGUGUUGGAUUGCGAUGUUAUACGAGGACAAUCGUUUCGAGGACUUUUGGAAGUGAUGAUUAUUGGAUUCUUCUUGGGUUGGCCGGGCAUACUGCCGCAUCAGUGUUUGCAUACCUUGGUGUUAAUUAUGGAAUUGGAGUGCAUGCAGUUCAGCUCACUUACGAUCAGUUGAUCAAUGCUGCAAAGUAUCAAGUUAUCGUCGAACUCGGCUAUAUUCUUUGCACAGCCAUUAUAAAAACGAGCGUCGGGUUGCUCCUCCUUCGCAUUACUUCUGUCAAGACCUUUUACAAAUAUCUCAUCUGGACCAGUCUGGUUAUAGUAUGGAUAUGGACAAUAGUUACAUUUGCUAUUGGUUGUGCACAAUGCAGACCAUUAAAAGCAGCAUGGGAUACAGUAACUCCAGGAGUCUGUCUCGAACCUCGUAUCAUUGCGAAUUUUGCAUAUGCCAUCUCGGCCGAGACGAUUUUCUUUGACUGGCUUUUUGCCUUGUUGCCAAUACCGAUGUUGUGGAAAAUCAAGAUGAGUCUUCGGCUGAAGUUCUCGAUUAUGAUUAUUCUGAGUUUGGGAAUUGUUGCGAGUGCUGUUACGAUUGUUCGUCUUAAGUAUCUGGUGGCUUUUCUGAACGUUACAGAUUCAUUGUAUUCUAUCGCUCCCGUUUUCAUCUGGUCCACGAUUGAGAUUGCCCUCGGCAUAGUCGCUGCAUCAAUCGCCACCCUCCGUCCUCUUCUUCGCAGCUGGAAAAUCCUUGGUUUCUCUAGCGAGGAAAGCUCAGAUACCGAACCUGGAGGCCCACGAUCGGGUUCUUGGAGUGGAUUCAAGAAAACUCCUCCUGGUGGGAGUAACCCCAUUGCGAGUCGUCAGUCAAAUGAAUUAACUCUGGGGACUACUAUUCAUACGCAAUCUUCGAAUCUGAAGACAGUUACGAGUUGGAGUGGGCAAAGUGGAUACAGUGAGGAGAGAAUCUUGGGGAGUCCGAAUAGAAGAUUUACUGAUAAUGAAAGGAGAGGGGAACGGGAAAAUGAGGAAUAUGAAUUAGUCUCGAGGCCGAAUGACAGAAUUGAGAAGCGGACGGAGAUUCAGAUUGAAUAUGAUGAGAGAAUGAGUUAUUUGGAGAGGGAUAUGGUUUGA